AUAAUUUUACCCCGGAUCACAAAGCCAACACAAGACAAAGCCAACAUUUGAACCCACAGUAGUACAGCUUCAAAACCACAUCCUUAACUUUAGAAUUUCAAACAAAAACGAGCAAAUAAUGUUGGACAUGCACACAGCGGAGAGGGGAAGUGGCAUCUGCCUACCGUCCUUGAAAUUGCAGUUUCUCCAGGGUAGGAAGAUGGAGAAAAGUGAAACAGUGAAGCUUGGUACGGGUUUUCAUGGAAGUGCAUCUCCUUCCCCAGCAUAAGGAGGCUAUCAUGGCGGAAGAGGAGGUAGGGCUGAUUGAGCAACCCUGGGCGGUUCUAUUUAAGUAUUACAGCUGCAAAUCAUCCCACUGAAGUUGGCCCUGGGACACGAAAGAGAACGCCAAAGAAGAGGAGCACGUGAGGGUUUUAUUAACCCAGAAAGUGCCAACUUCAUUGCUGGCUAAUGAGGGUUGGAGUUUCUGGGAAGAGGAUGAAAGAUCUAAGAAAAGUUGCCAGAGGAUGAAACAACAACAACAACAACAACAACUAGAAACCACAUACUACUACAUACACCCCAAGGGAUGCAGCAACAGUUGAACAGAGAUGAUCAUUGUUAAAGCAAAUAUAAAGAAACCAUAGAUUGGAUACGAGUUGGAAGGUUUACUUUUAUGCAGGGAAUCGGAUCCAGUAUAGAGUCUAGGCUCUGGGGGAUGGAGUUUGGGAGAGGAAACGUGGGUCAUUAAAGCCAAACACUUGUGGAACUCUCGUUUGGGAAACCGCAUUUCUGCAUGUUGCUGGUUGAGUAGUGACAUGCAAACCCUUUGCUUAGGUAGGACUGGGCUGGCUACAGGAGACUCGCUGUGAGUGUGGGGCCCACCCCAGACGAUGGCAUCCAGCUGCCUCUGCUUCAUAGGCAGGUGCCUGAGUUGGCUGUGUGGCUGGGGCAGGGUCUUCCCAGGAAUCUUAUCUGCUCUGCACAUUGCAUCACUCUAUUUCUAAGGCACAGGUGAGGAAAUGGGGGCUUAGAAAAGUCCAGUGACUUGACUAACCCACGGAGAAACUUGAUUGGAGCCCCCCAUGUACACACACAAUUUUGGUUUGCGGAGCAUAUGUACUUCCCAUUACUCUGUCUAAAUCUAAGUGCUUUUGACUCAGCUGUCAAGUAAUGGCUCUCUUUAAAAAUUUAUUGCAGUCCACAUAGAAACUAACUGAGAAACUAACUACAAACAAUCUGCUCUCACACUUGUGGUAGUAUGUGGUGAUGACAAAAUUUUAACAAUAAUGGAAACUUUACACAGAGGAUCAAUAUUUCCCCAAAUCUGUUAGUGUCUGUUGGAUUCAUAUUUGUGACCCCGUGGCCCAGUGAGAAAAUGUUCCAUGUUUAGAUAAGUUUGUGAGACGCUUCGUUACAUAAUUGUAAACAGGUUUAUUUACCAUAGGGUUUCUUGGAACUUUUAAUAUGCCUUCAUAUGUUGUGCAUAUCUAAAAGGCAAAUGUAGCAAGCAGUGUUCCCAAAAGUAUUUGACUAUGAAGUGCUUCCCCCUCACACAUAUAUCUUCAUGGUACGCUCCUGGGAAACAUUUGGAAAAACACUUGGGCUAAAUAUACACUGAAAUUCCAGCAAGACUAACAUAGUUUUUCUGUAGUUCAUCCUGUUUAGAGGAGAUUGCAAAAAUCUCCUUAUGACAGGAGUUUUGUAGAUGAGACCCCAACACCUGUCAUAUUGAGAGAGAAAACAGAUUUUCAUGCUCUGGCCAUUCUAUACUUCACCAAAGUCGUUAUAUUUAAGUGAAAACUUGAAGCAGAUUAAAUCGAAACCAUAAUGUAUUCAUCAAGGGAAAUUAGACAUAGUGAACACUCAGUGCAUCGAGGGGAGCAAUGAAGAUUAGGAAGCUGUGAAAACAUCUGCCAAAACUAUGUGUCUGAAGAGCGAUUUCUCAUGUUUUCAACUUCCUUGAAAAGCUUAGAUUCUCUUUUCCAAGCACAGACUUGUUACCACAUUCAUCAUUCCAUCGAGUACCUGGUCAAGGUCCUCACCCACCUGUGUUCUCUGCAAAUACUGAGCUCCCUGAUCCAAGAGCAAAAUGAAAGGAGCUACAGGGUCAGGGGGGGCCCGGGUGGUGUCAUGACAACAGACAGCUUCUGCCUCCAAGGUCAACUUUUGGUAAUAGGAAUGAAGUUCCUUCUGUGAAUCCAUAACCUGCCCAUAUAAUCCUGUGCCCAUUUUGGUCCUAGGACUUCUGAAACUCUUCCUGGGCCAGCAUCUCAUUGUCUAUUUUUAGGCCGUAUCACUCUUCCCAAAAGUCUUAGCUCUCCUCUAUACUUUCACAUCAUCAACUUUCAAUAUCAAGUUUAUUUCAGUGAUCUUUUCCCAAACCACCUCUUAUUUUUGCUUGUUUUACCCACUAUCACAGUUCAUUGAUUCCUUCCUGUUCAUUGUCUCACAUUUAGAAUAUCAAUAUUUAUGAACUACCUCUGCCUUUGGUCAUCAUCUGAUAGAAGCCGUCCUUACCUGAAAGUCUUCUCCGUUUUCCAAUUAUUUCUGACACACUUGUGGAAUUUUCUAAUUCUCAUUUCAGAUUUUAUCUAUCUAGAUAAAAUUCCCCAACAUCUGAAGGCUGACAUCCUGCAAAUGUGGUAUGAGUGAAGAUUUUUAAUGUAUAAAACAUGUCUGUAAUAAGUUGAUUACUAUUAUAAGCAGUUUAGUUGGGCAAUUGAAGGCCCAACCUGUGAGGCAGUGUGUCAGGGAAUAAAGAGUUUGUUAGUUGUGACCCUGGACAAGUAACUGAUCUUUCUGUGCCUCGUUUUCCCCACCUACAAACUGGGGAAGACAUACUACCUACCUCAUUUGAUUAUUACAAGGAUUAAUUGAAUUAACAUAUAUAAAUGGCUUAUAACAGCACCUAGGACAUAGUAAAUGCCAUAUAAUUAUUAGCUAUUAUUAUUUCCACCAUUUAAAAUAACAAAAGCAUCUCAGAAUGAAGUGCAGAGAUUUUUUUUUAAGUAUGUUUUUUCUGUAUUUUUCAGGCCCAGAUUAUAAAAAGGAUUAUCUACCUAAAAUUUAUCAGCACGUGGCUUAUGUAGGCGAAAAGCGUCCAGCACUGGAAAAAGCUGGAGAUCUCAGAUAUUUAUGGAGGCCUGCCUCAAACAGAAGCUUUCCAAUGAAAUAUAGACACGAGUAUGCUGGUGAAAUUGGUUGGGGAAUACCAGAGCAUAAUUUUAUCAACAAAACAAGGCUUGAGACUGGCUUUCACAUUAAGUAUGAAGAACUAAGCCAAGCUGCUGUUGAUAAAUUAAGCCACAGAUACCAAAAUCCAUGGCAACCCAGACCACCUAUUAUGGAUAUGCUGGGAAGAUUCAGCCGUGGUUCUAUCGCCUGGCAUAUGGGUGAUUAUGAGACCAUCAGUGAAAGAAAUUCCAAAGGGUCCGUCCUCGUGAGGCAGAGUAAGGCUUCAGCAGUUCCAGGAGUUUCCACACCACCUAAGCUGCCAAAGCUACCGAAAAAGCAAGAGGUAUGAUCAGCGCUUUUCUGAAUGUCAAGUUUUUUCAAUAUGUGAAUUAGAGAAUGCUC